AUUCAGCAUGUCAAACUGUAUAUGAAAAACUAUUUUCGAAGUUCAACACAUCUCCCCUAGCUUCUGCAAAAAAUUCAUUUACAAGAGAAUGCAAAAAACGUAACCCUCCGCUCAAAAAAGCAUCAAGUAUUUUUCCUUAAGUGAUGGAACCUUGAAUCUUAUGCCAGUUAAACCGCCUUGAAGCGGAGAACAAAGUUAUAUUCUUUUAUAUUUAAGUUUUUUCAUUCUUAAUCAGAUAUUUCACUUUCAUUCGAAAAAGUCGGAAUUCUCCUCGGAAUUCUCAAUUUCUGAAAGCUCUGUUGAAGAAAAUUGAGAAUUCCGAGGAGAAUUCCGACUUUUUCGAAUGAAAGUGAAAUAUCUGAUUAAGAAUGAAAAAACUUAAAUAUAAAAGAAUAUAACUUUGUUCUCCGCUUCAAGGCGGUUUAACUGGCAUAAGAUUCAAGGUUCCAUCUCUUAAGGAAAAAAAUAUAUACCUAUCAUGUUUUCAGUUUUUGCUACUGUCAUUAUUGAAUAUUGCUAUGUCUUACGAAGGCGAGCGUAGUCAAGCGCUGCGGUGAAUUGAAGUUGAAUAUUAGAUAUUUUGAUAGUGAAACAUCGUUCAUUUAUUUGUGUAGGUUCAAAUUCGACAUGGAAACUUUGUGUCUAAUAUAUAUUCCUUGCUUGAGAUAAACGCAAUAACUCAUAAUGAUAUCAUAAUUCAAAUUGCAUCGUGUAGUUGGGAUGCUCAUUUGUUAGAGAUAUUAGGAUCUUUAAUACUGAGUGCUACGGUCAUUAUGUUAUACCCAGAUGGACAUCGAAAUAUGAUCUAUUUAUUAGAAACGAUACAAGCCAAAAGAGCCACUAGUCUGGGAGCAGUGCCAACGCUUUUGAUAACGUUGUAUGAAUAUUUACAACGAAGUACCGCUCAUUUCGAUAGUCUCAAAACAAUGCGAGUAGUUUGGACAACAGGUGAAGUUCUUCUGUCACAGGUUGUAUCUAAGAUAACGCCAUAUCUUUCUUCCCAUUGUCAAAUUAUUAAUUUAUAUGGACCCACGGAAUGCACACUUGGAUCAAUGUAUCAUUAUGUUACUCAACAUGAUAUACUGAUGCAAUCGAUACCGUGCGGUCGUCCAUUAUCCGGCUAUGGAUGUUAUUUACUUGAUGAUUAUCUACAAUCUGUUCCGAUUAAUUAUGAGGGAAAAGUCUAUAUUAGUGGUGUUGGCGUUUUCCCUGGGUAUUUAAAUAAUGAUGAAUUAACCAGGAAAUGUUUGCUGAAUAUCGACAAAAUAUCAAGUGAAAAGUGUUAUUUUACUGGCGAUAUUGGUAAACUGAACUCAAGUGGUGAACUUCUAUUUAGUGGACGUAUUGAUGCACAAAUAAAACUUCGUGGUCAGCGUAUAGAGGUUGAAGAAAUCCAAAAUACAAUACUUAAAUUCUUUAAUUUAAUCGAAAAUUGUCUUGUUGUUAAAAGUUAUAAUGACAAAUCACAGCAAAAUUGUUUGGUUGCUUAUCUCCAGACAAAAUCUACAAAUACUAAUGAUCUGUUAAUAAAUGAAUUAAGAGAAUAUUGCCAACUACAAUUACCACAAUACAUGAUACCCGCUAUGUUUAUCACAGUCGAUCAGUUCAAAUUAAAUGCAAAUGGUAAGAUUGAUCGUAAACAAUUACCGCAACCUGAUUUCUCACAACUAUUGAACUCUGUCAAUAAUAAGAACUACAUUGAACCACAAACAGAAUUAGAAAUACAAAUACAUGAUUUAUGGUGUCAAGUUCUAAAUCAUGAAAAGAUUUCAUUAAAUUCAAAUUUUUUUUCUCUCGGUGGCAAUUCUCUUUCAUUAAUGCAGUUGUACAAUUAUUACCGGGCACAAUUCAAUGUUAUAAUGAAUAUAUCACAAUUAUUUAAAUACUUAACAAUAAAUGAACAUAUCACACAAUUGUCUGCAAAGAAGGAGAGUAAUAUGCAACGACAAUGGAAACCGUUGAAUGUCAUUGAAGGCUUGGCGUCUUAUGCGCAAGAACGUAUUUGGCUAGAUGAGAAAGUUCGAUUUUCCGCUCAACAACGUGGACUAGCCAUUUACAAUAUGCCAUUAGUGUUGAAAAUUACACAAAAUUCUAUAUCCAUCUACCGAUUACUUUCUUCAUUAGAACGAUUGAUUAGGAAACAUUCAGUAUUACGUACUAGAAUUAAAUAUGACUUAACAGAUAAAUGCUUGAAGCAAUCGGUAAAUCCUGCAUCAACCGAACAACAGUAUUCAUUCCAAAGAAGUGAAAUAUUUACUAAAGAAGAAUUACAGCAUAUUCUGUUUAAUGAAGAAACGUCAAGUAAAUAUUUUAAUUUGGAGCAAGGUUUGGUAUUUCGGUGUCAUUUAAUACGAUGUUCUGAAAAUGUUGAUGCUGCUUUACUGAUUGAUGGUGAUAUGAUUAUAUUUAAUUUCCAUCAUAUUGCCUUUGAUGGUCGAUCUGUUGAUAUCUUUUUAAAUGAUUUACAAUCAGCUUAUAACGAUGACAAUCUCGAAAUACAAGAAGAUACCUUAACAUAUAUUGAUUAUUCACUGUACGAACGUGAAAUGGACAUGAGCAAAGCUAAACAAUAUUGGAAAGAAGUACUGGAUGGGUAUCACACAGAUAAACUACCAUUACCCUAUGAUUUUAAACAUAGUGAACAACGACGAACCGGUCAAGGGUCAUCGGUGGCGUUUGAAUUAGAUAAUGAUUUAGUGCAACAAAUGCUUGAAUAUGGAUACAGAAUGAAUGUAACACAAUUUCAGUUAUGUUUGUGUUGCUAUUUUGUUUUCCUAUUUAAAUUAUCAAAUUCACAAGAUAAAGAUUUAUGUAUUGGCAGUGUCAGUGCUAACCGUCAUAGACAAGAAUUACAACCACUGUUGGGUAUGUUUGUCAACACCUUGCCCUAUCGUUUAAAGUUAGAUGCAGCUAGAACGUUUAAUCAAACACUUCAACAAGUACUAGAGCUAUGCUUGGAUAUAUUAGAAUUCAGUUACCUACCAUAUCAACAAAUAAUUACAUCACAGGAGCAUGAACAAUUAACACCAUUUAUACUAACAACAUUUAUACUUGAGUCAAAUCUUCAUCAUUUGGUACAUCUCAAUGAUUCCAUUUUAUGCCAACUAUUGGACGAUGACAACAUUGCUAUUCAAAGAAACGUAUCGAAAUUUGAUUUAUCCUUAUUAAUGAACUAUAAUGAUAGAAGUAGUAAAGCAAUGACAUGCUUAUUUGAAUACUCUACUGAUUUAUUUCAGCGAUCGACGAUCGAAACAAUAUGUCAGAGAUUUCAGGUUU